AGUAAAUGACACCCAUCCCCACUCCUUGUUCUUUUGAUGGACCGGGCCGAGUUUAUCUCCAAUAAACUUUCCAACCUCGUGCGAAUCUUUGAAGAUCUCAUCUUUUCUUGUCACUGUUAUCAUUCCUACUUGAAACCUCUCAUCUGUUUUUCCUGCCUGGCUGCCAUCACUUGAAUCACUAUCCUUCGUCCUUUUCACAACUCCUCUUGUGUCUUCCUCGUUCUCCACACUCUCCUCUGACUCCAUUUCCCCUCCUCCACCGUUAGACCGACUCCCUUCUCUCUCCUCCCAUUUCCUCUCUGCAGCAGCUGCUUCACCCUCUCUGCACGUUUCACGCAGCUCUACGAGACCAGUUUAAAACAUGUCUCCCAGGGUGGCUGUGGUAACGGGCAGUAACAAGGGCAUCGGUCUGGCCAUCGUCCGAGCGCUCUGCAAGCAGUUCCAAGGAGACGUUUACCUCACCGCCAGAGACGUCGGUCGUGGUCAGGAAGCAGUGGCGUCUCUGGCCUCAGAGGGACUGACGGCCUUGUUUCACCAGCUGGACAUCAACGACCCGAGCAGCAUCACCACCGCCGCUGCGUACUUUAAAGACAAGUACGGAGGAGUGGACGUGCUCGUCAAUAAUGCUGCGAUAGCAUUCAAAGUGGCAGACCCAGCUCCAUUUGCGGUCCAGGCAGAGGUGACCCUCAAGACAAACUUCUUCGCCACCAGAGACAUGUUGACUCACUUCCUGCCGAUCAUCAAAGCUGGAGGCCGUGUUGUGAACGUCUCCAGCUUCGUCAGCUCCCGCGCUCUGAACCAGUGCAGUGCGGCCCUCCAGGAGCGAUUCCGCAGCGAGGACAUCACAGAGGAGGAGCUGGUGGGACUGAUGCAGCGUUUCGUUGAUGAGGCCAAGAAGGGCGAGCACAAGCAGGGAGGCUGGCCUGAAACGGCGUAUGGAAUAUCCAAAACUGGACUGACGACCCUGUCCAUGAUCCUGGCUCGCCGUCUGUCCAAGGAGAGACCGCAUGACGGGAUCCUGCUGAACGCCUGCUGUCCAGGCUGGGUGCGCACCGAUAUGGCCGGUCCGAAAGCCCCCAAGUCACCAGACGAGGGCGCUGUCACUCCGGUCUACCUGGCACUGCUGCCCCCCGGGGCCACAGAGCCUCACGGAAAGUUUGUCUCUGAUAAAGAAGUUCAGCCGUGGUGAAAGGGUUAAAGACACCUGAGUGUGUGAGAGUAACUGAAAGACUGCUAGUGUUUCCACUUGAGCACUACAUUGCCAAAACCUUCUGAUUCAUUUUGCCUUUGGUGGUCGAAACAUUUCUAUAUUUAUUACAUGGAAAAUGGAAAACUUGCCUUAACUGGAUGAAACUCAAAUGUUGUGAAAAUAAAAUGGUUUUCUGGCAAUAAAAAUGCUGUUUUACAGUA